AUGUCUGACCCACACAGAUCCCUCUCACCCUCUCACCCAAACCCUCCAAACCAACAAACCAGUAGCAACAGCCAAGGCCCAAUAAGUCGUUUUGGUGACAUGCCGCGAGAACUGAUGCUAAUAACAGCAGAACACCUGGACACACAGUCCCUGAUUAACCUCACUCAGGCCAACUCAGAGCUCUACAGUCUCUUGAGCCCGCGCCUCCAAGCCCGCGCCAUGGCCAUCGCUCUCGGCCCCCGCGAGCUCUACGAGCGCCGCUUCACCUACCUGCCAGAGCAAACCCCUGGAAUCGACGAACCAGACACAAUCGAGGACCCGCCUCUGCUAACACCCCCAGAAGACAUGCAGGGCCCACAGAAGGAAGAGGUGUUAGGGCAAAUAACGCUGCAAGGUAAAGUCGACGCGGUGCGCUUCUUGUUGCGAGCAGGCGCUAACCCUAACUCGUAUACCAGUGACGGAAUGCGGAUGCUGAGUCUGGCCGUGUACUCGGACAACCCAGAUGUUUCGAUUGAGUUGCUGAAGCAUGGUGCCGAUGUAGGGGCCAGCAAUGUGGUGUCGGGGAUGACGGCGCUGGUACACGCAGCGCAGACCUGGCGCUGCGAUAUGGUGCGGAUCCUGAUCGAGGUCGGCGCCAACGCCAACGAGUUCAACGUCCUGCCGUCGAUCGCCUAUGCGUGCGACCUCGACGUGAUGCAGAUGGUGCUGCGCCGCGGCGGCGCAGACUUGUCCCAGCCAGGAGCGUACGGGAUGACAGCACUGCACCAGGCGGUACGCCGCAACGAGCUGGAGAUGCUCUCACUAAUCCUGCAACACCUACCCCCAGCGGGGAAGAAGCAGCAACUCAACGCCGUCGACGCGCUGGGCCGCACGGCGCUGCAUCUCGCGCUGCAGAAUAACAACCCGCACCUGGCGUUCCCGUUGGUCCACGCGGGCAUCGACAUCAACAUCCCCGACGGCACAGGCAACACGGCGCUGCAUAUUGCGCUGAAGAAGCGUCAUUUCGAGCUAACGCGGCUGUUCGUCGAUCGCGGUAUCGAUUUGUCUGUUGUUAAUGAGCUCGGCGAGUCGGAGCUGCAUGUCGCUAUCGAUGCCCAUGCCCCGGCUCUCAUUCGGGCCUUGGUGGAUCGCGGCUCUGAUGUGAAUGCUAGUGUUCCGACGCCGAUGCACUGUGCGGUGCGUACGGGUAAUUUGGGUCUGGUCCAAUUGUUGUUUCAGAAUCCGGCGAAUCGGCCGGAUUUGACGAUUCUCGAUGAGAAUGAUCGGACGCCGGUGGAGAAUGCCCUGGCGCUGGGGUAUUCGGAUAUUGCUGGGUUUCUGACGACUGGAGUUUAG